AGUGUGGCCUCCGACCGUCCUUCGAAUCCUUCCAGGAGACUGGCAAGAGGAUCACAGUGGGGAGAUACGCCAAGGCUGGGGAGUUCCCGUGGCACGUGAGCAUCCAGAGCAAUGGGAAACACGUCUGCGGAGGCACCAUCAUCAGCGCCUUGUGGAUUCUGACGGCGGCACAUUGCUUCGCAGAAGAGGUGCCAUCAGAUCUCACCGUUUUAGUGGGGGGAACUGACCUCGGGCUCCCGAUGGAAAAACAUAAGCCAGAGAGCUUGAUCAUCCACGAAAACUUUGACAGAGUGAGCAUGGAAAAUGAUAUCGCGCUGAUCCUGCUCAACUCUCCCAUCGAGUUCAGCAAUGAGAAGAUGCCUGUCUGCUUGCCCUUCAUCUAUGACACCGAUACGUGGCAGCACUGCUGGAUUGCUGGGUGGGGAGCCGCAGGCACAGCAUCCCACCUGCUGCAGAAGGUGCAGAUGAAGCUGGUCAGCAGGGAGAAGUGCGUGGAUCAGAUCCUGGAGCUAGAGGAGAACAUGCUGUGUGCUGAGCUGGAGAAAGGCGGUGGUGGAGGAGGUAUCAAAGUGGACAGCGGGGGAUCUCUGGUUUGCAGCUACUGGUACACCAUGAAGUGGUUUCAGGUCGGCAUCGUCACCUGGGGAGUAGAUUGUGCAGAAAAGCCAAACUAUGAGGUCUUAAUGUCCGUUUACAGCUACCAGAACUGGAUCGAGGCUGAGACAGCCAAAAGGGGGAAACCUUUCUUCAUUGAAGGCGUGGAUAACCAACCAAGUGUCAAGCUGCUUCCUUCCAGGGCUGAGCCACAGGUGGUGUUUCUUGAGUAUUCUCUCCUUUCAUUUAUCUUUUUAAUAGCAUUUAGAUUACUCUAG